GAGUGCACAGAUGCUUGAGCUCCCCGUGCCCUUUGCGGUGUACGAGGAUAUGAUCGGAGCAGUGUUGGGUACCGCCAGGGCGCUGCAGCUCGGGUCGCCGUCGCAAGCAGCGGGGGCCCUCCUCUUGGGCUGCCCUGGAUCUGGCAGGAAGACCUGUGCGAAGCUGGGUGUAGACUUGGCGAAAACGAAGCUCAAAGAGCCAACCGCUGAGGAUUCUACAGGCCUGCGCGAAGAGCUCGCCUCCCUGCACGGCACCAUCCGAAGUCGUCUGGGCUCCCACACAUUUGGGCCACUCACGGAGGACCACCUCCUACACGGAGACUGCGAAACUAUCCUGGAGGAUAUUGACAACAUCCUUCGUCAAGCAACGCGCUUUGAGGCAAAGAAAGCACCUCGCAAAGCCGCCCGGCGCGGUGGGAUUGUCCGAUCCAACUCCACAGUGGAAGGUGGCAAGGCGGUCGAGGAAGGUCUGAGCGACGACUUCCCUGAUGGUGCCAGUCUCGCCUUUUUGAUGAUCCUGUCGCCAACCUUGGCCGCGAAUUGGUUCCGAAGACAGCUGCGCAAGUAUCCGGGACUUGCCUCGGGCAUGGACGUAGUGUGGCUUCAGCCGUGGGGCCAAGAGGCCUACCUUGAGGUGGCGAAGCAAGUGCUCCUGCCGGAAGUGCUGGCAG